AUGUUAGAUUGGGAAAUAAAGGAUACCACUGAACGGCUACGUCAGUUUCGGUGCAUCGGCCAAAACAUCAGAAGAAUGUACACAGAAGCGCAGCCUCUGUCUGAUUCGGAUGAGGCCCAAUACGAAGAGACUAUGCAAGCGAUAGACUCAAGGACUCAUUUCGACGAUGAGAUAGGAGAAGCUGUAGAGCUGCAGUUAAUGUUAGAAGCGCGUCUGACUGAAACUGUAAGCAAUCAAAGACGACUCGAGCGCAAGUUAGGAAUACUCAUGAAAGUACCUCCGGCGCAAGGCGUAAGUGAGCUCUGCUCAAAUUCGCACAACAGUAGCAACUUGGAUGGCACUCCUUUUGCCACUCAGUUCGACGAAGAAACUAAUGCGAACAUGCAGUUAGCUUCCACAGCACGGACAAUGUCACCACCUAGGCUGUGCUUCUCCAGCGAUAGCGCAGACGAUCCCGCCUCUGUAUCGAAGCAAUAUAGACUGCCAGUAAGCGAACAACAACAGCUCGAUCAGGGCAGCAAGACCGCCAGCGCAACGAACAAGCGAAGAAGCGGUGAGUCAGCAAAUUCCUUCCGCAACGGGGGCUCGCGGCAGCGCAAGUGUAACAGUAUCAAUAUCCACGUAGAAUGCGACAAUGAGUGGGAUUGCGCCAAGAAUCAUGAGAAUAUUGCAGAGAGUAGCGAUGUCGAUGAGAGAGGUUCCUACGAAGAACUGACAGAGAACCAUACCAACAUCGAAUCGAACUUAGACUCCAUCUACGAUCCGGUCGGAAUGGCAGGCCCACUAACUAUACGCCUCAAGCACCUCAUGCGAGAAAUAUAUGAUGCUGAAAUCGAAUGGAAAGAUCCAGUGCCGAGGAGCCUCGCUGAACUAUGGAACAAAGGCGACAACUGCCUCAACUGCUUCAAACGUCGAGAAAUGGAUUGGGUUAUUAUAACGGAGGUGUCCUUUAGUAAGCAUGGUUACAAAACAUGGUAUUCAUUCAUUUCUCUCACGUUCGCCGCCGCAUAUUACGGUGCAGCUGUACGAGCUAUGCUGGUCAAAAACGAAAAAGUUGAGCACGAUACUAAAACUUUCAUAGUAACACCUUAUCAUAGGGAUUCCUGGGAGGCAAAGUUUGGAACAACUGACCAAUAUUAUGAUAGUGGAACCAUUGGACCGACCACCGCGCUAACAGAGGCAAUUAACAGAGGUUUUGAUGGUGUAGUGCAAAGACCAGCGAAGCGUAAACUUUUCCUUUUCUUCUUCUCCCUGAUGCCUAAGGAUAUAGACAGUGCCCACACCAGGUUCCGCGAGCGGCAGAAUGAAGUGAGUGGAAAUGUAGAGUCAUUCGUGGCUAUUGACAAAGAUACGGGGUAUCUGGAGAGCCUCAAAGAGUUAUCUACAUCGAAGCAGGUUGAGCUGUUCGUUUCCCUGGACCACUCAAUCAAGAGAGUCAAAGACUACGUUCGAGAAGAAACUUCUGUAAAAGAGGUUCUCAUCAAUCACAUUCCUCCAAAGGUUCUGGAGGAACCUACCCCAAAAAAAUACAAUGCAAAGUAG